AGGAUUUGAUUUAGUGAGGCGCUAAAUAAAAGACCUUCUUCUUCUUCUUCUUCUUCUUAACCCAUCCUAUAUAGGUGAAUAAAACAAUGCAGAACAAAAUAAUGUUUGCUUCGGCAACAGACGGACUAUAUUUCUAAACUGAAUGCCAGUUAAAUGAUUUGUGGAGAAAAGGAAAAUAUGUCAGAGUGAGACCUCUUUAUCCCCACGAGCUACGUCCUGGCGAAAACACGCGAGAGGUAACACGUUGCUUCCCGAAAUCUCGUAGCUCUCACGGAAAGCUUCAGGCGUCGCAGACAGAGAUAAACUAUUGUUUUCACUUAUUUGUUGUUUAAUGGAAUAAAAAUCAAAGCGGGAAAUAAAACCAGUUACGACAAAAUGUCUGACAGCGAGGACAGCGACUUUUCUGACAACCAGAGUGAGCGCAGCAGCGAUGGAGAAGCUGAGGAGGUGGAGGAGAACGAGGAGGAGGCUGCCAGCCCUGUGGGCAGUGACAAGGUAGCAGAGGAGGAGGGGGAGGACCUAGAGGAUGAGGAUGAGUAUGAUGAAGAGGAAGAGGAGGAUGAAGACGACGACCGGCCGAGGAAGAAGCCGAGACAUGGAGGGUUCAUUCUGGAUGAAGCCGAUGUGGAUGAUGAAGAUGAGGAUGAUGAUCAUUGGGAGGAGGGAGCAGAGGAUAUUCUGGAGAAAGAAGAAGCUGAAGUGUCGAAUCUGGACCAGGUGGUUCUGGAUGAAGAUCACUCUGGAUCCAGACGCCUGCAGAACCUCUGGAGAGACUCCAGAGAAGAGGCGCUGGGUGAAUACUACAUGAGGAAAUACGCCAAACCUCCAGCGGGAGAACAUUACUCCGGAGGCUCUGGGGAGCUCUCUGAUGACAUCACACAGCAGCAACUACUUCCUGGUGUCAAGGACCCUAAUCUGUGGACGGUCAAGUGUAAGAUUGGAGAGGAGAGGGCGACGGCCAUCGCUCUGAUGAGGAAGUUCAUCGCCUACCAGUUCACCGACACGCCUCUCCAAAUCAAGUCGGUGGUGGCGCCCGACCACGUGAAAGGCUACAUCUACGUGGAGUCGUACAAGCAGACGCACGUGAAAGCCGCCAUCGAGGGCAUCGGGAACCUGAGGAUGGGCUUCUGGAACCAGCAGAUGGUUCCCAUCAAGGAGAUGACGGAUGUGCUGAAGGUGGUGAAAGAAGUCACCAACCUGAAGCCCAAGUCCUGGGUCCGACUCAAGAGAGGCCUGUACAAGGACGACAUCGCUCAGGUGGACUACGUGGAGCCGAGUCAGAACACCAUCUCCCUGAAGAUGAUUCCUCGGAUAGAUCUGGACCGGAUCAAGGCCAAAAUGACUCUGAAAGAUUGGUUUGCUAAGAGGAAGAAGUUCAAGAGACCUUCUCAGAGGUUAUUUGACGCAGAGAAGAUCAGGUCUCUGGGCGGGGAGGUCAGCCAUGACGGAGACUUCAUGAUCUUUGAGGGGAACCGUUACAGUCGCAAAGGGUUCCUGUUCAAGAGCUUCGCCAUGUCUGCUGUGAUCACAGACGGUGUGAAGCCCACGCUGUCUGAGCUGGAGAAGUUCGAGGAUCAGCCAGAAGGAAUCGAUCUGGAGGUGGUGACGGAGUCAGGUAAGGAGCGCGAACACAAUCUGCAGGCCGGUGACAACGUGGAAGUGUGUGAGGGGGAGUUAAUCAACCUGCAGGGAAAAAUCCUGAGUGUCGACGGCAACAAGAUCACCAUCAUGCCCAAACACGAAGACCUGAAGGACCCUCUGGAGUUCCCAGCGAGCGAGCUGAGGAAGUAUUUCCGGAUGGGCGACCACGUGAAGGUGAUCGCUGGACGAUACGAGGGCGACACGGGUCUGAUCGUCAGGGUGGAGGAGAACUUCGUCAUCCUUUUUUCGGACCUCACCAUGCACGAGCUGAAGGUUCUACCCAGAGACUUGCAGCUCUGCUCCGAGACGGCGUCCGGUGUGGACGUGGGGGGGCAGCACGAGUGGGGGGAGCUGGUCCAGCUGGAUCCACAGACGGUUGGGGUCAUAGUCCGACUGGAGCGAGAGACAUUCCAGGUUCUGAACAUGCACGGGAAGGUUCUGACAGUUCGCCACCAGGCGGUCAACCGCAGGAAGGACAACCGGUUCGCUGUGGCGCUGGACUCCGAGCAGAACAACAUCCACGUCAAAGACAUCGUCAAAGUCAUCGACGGGCCGCACUCGGGCCGUGAAGGUGAGAUCCGCCACCUGUUCAGAGGCUUCGCCUUCCUUCAUUGCAAGAAGCUGGUGGAGAACGGCGGCAUGUUCGUGUGCAAGACCCGACACCUGGUUCUGGCCGGCGGCUCCAAGCCGAGAGAUGUGACCAACUUCACGGUGGGAGGAUUUGCUCCAAUGAGCCCCCGCAUCAGCAGCCCCAUGCACCACGGCGGAGGGGGAGCUCAGCCAAGAGGAGGCGGAGGAGGAGGAGGUGGCGGAGGAGGAUUCGGUCGAGGACGGGGGCGACGAGACAACGAGCUUAUUGGUCAGACAGUCCGGAUCUCCCAGGGUCCUUACAAAGGAUACAUCGGGGUGGUGAAGGACGCAACAGAGUCCACGGCCCGGGUGGAGCUGCACUCCACCUGUCAGACCAUCUCUGUGGACCGGCAGCGCCUGACUACCAUGGGAGCCAAGAGACACACUGGAGCAACCUCGGCCCACGGACGCACCCCCAUGUUUGGCUCCCAGACCCCCAUGUACGGCGCCGGCUCCAGGACGCCCAUCUACGGCUCCCAGACGCCACUCCACGACGGAAGUCGAACGCCUCACUACGGCUCUCAGACGCCGCUGCACGAUGGGAGCAGGACACCGGGUCAGAGUGGGGCCUGGGACCCCAGCAACCCCAACACACCUUCCAGAAAUGAUGAAGAGUACGACUUCGGCUUCGAUGAUGAGCCGUCCCCGUCUCCUCAGGGCUACGGGGGGACCCCCAACCCCCAGACACCGGGAUACCCAGAGGUCCCCUCCCCACAGGUCAACCCUCAGUACAACCCUCAGACCCCGGGCACGCCUGCUAUGUAUUCUCCGUACGCCGCUCCGUCUCCUCAGGGCUCCUACCAGCCUAGUCCCAGUCCUCAGAGCUACCACCAGGUGGCGCCAUCACCUGUCGGGUUUCCCAACACUCAUUCACCUGCUGGCUAUCACCCCACGCCCUCCCCCAUGGCUUAUCAGGCCAGUCCCAGUCCCAGUCCAGUGGGUUACAGCCCCAUGACCCCUGGAGCACCCUCUCCGGGAGGCUAUAACCCCCACACCCCCGGCUCCAACAUUGAGCAGGGCGGCAGCGACUGGGUCACCACGGACAUCCUGGUCCGGGUCAAGGACUCCUUCAUGGACCUGAUGGGUCAGAUCGGGGUCAUCAGGAGCGUCACGGGCGGAAUGUGCUCCGUCUUCAUGCAGGAGUCGGAGAAGGUGGUGAGCGUCAGCAGCGACCACCUGGAGCCCGUCACCCCGACCAAGAACAACAAGGUAAAGGUGAUUCUGGGAGAGGACCGCGAGGCCACAGGCGUCCUGCUGAGCAUCGACGGAGACGACGGCAUCGUCCGCAUGGAGCUGGACGACCAGCUGAAGAUCCUUAAUCUGAGGUUUCUGGGACGCCUCGAGCUUUGAGGGACCCUCGGCGCACCAUUUCAGCUCUUCUCGGUUUAGUUUUGUACGUUUUUCUGUUCAGUGCUCCUGCUUUGAUUUUAGUGUUCCUCGUUCUGUCUGGACUUCUGCUUUAUGAAUUAAAACAACGUAUUUCGUGUCAAACAGUGAA